GCAGCCGAUAGAUGGGGAGAUGAAGAGCUUCUGGUCAAAUGAUUUAGCAAGAAACUACCGCCCCUGCCAGUAACAAGGCAGGCAGCCCCUCUGGGCGGGGCAGUUUGCAGGGCCCCCCACCAUGCGCCCCAGCACCGCCCCUGGGGCCCACAGCCAGCACUGCCUUCCCCGAAGCUAUGCAGCUGGCCUGCGCGCUGCUUGCCUUGGGCAGCCUGGUCUUAAGCGCCACGGGGGACCUGACCCCAGAUGUUUGUUCCCAGAUCUUUCACUCCGGUGUGUACCCAGGAUUUCCCAGAACAAUCAAGACCAACGACCCAGGGGUCCUCAAAGCAGCCAGAUACAGCAUUGAAAGGUUCAACAACUGCACGAAUGACAUCUUCUUGUUCAAGGAGUCCCAUAUCCGCAUAGCCCUGGUCCAGAUAGUGAAAGGCCUGAAGUACAUGCUGGACAUGGAAAUUGGCAGAACUACCUGCAAGAAAACCAAGCACCCCAUUCUGGACAACUGUGACUUCCAGACCAACCACACCUUGAAGAUGACUCUCAGUUGCUACUCUGAAGUCUGGGUCAUCCCCUGGCUCCACAGGUUCGAGGUGCCCGUUCUCCACUGUCACUGACUGCCUCUCAGCAAUCCUACGGCUACUGUCACUUUCGAAGUAGUGUCUCCCGGCAAGCAGAAUGGUAGUGUCCACGGUUCAUUACAGAGUAACUGGGAUGGAAGAGUGACCACCACACAGUUAAAAUACACACUUGGAAUUCUCUUCUGAGCUGAUGGUACUGGUGCUGUGUGCCUGGAUUCAGAGUGUGAACACGCGGGACUGAAUCCUCCAAUGGAAAUGUGUUGGGUUCUCAACUCCUGAAGGAGCCCCUCCCACCCAGGCCCUGGGUCCCCGAUGCCAACCCGGGAUCUUUCCUUCCGUCUGAAUGCUUGCAGCAUUGGACGAAGGGAUUCAGCUGCUAUUGAGCAUUUUGGCCUUUCAUGGAUGAAAUUAUAAAUAAACAUGAAUAAGAACUGACCAUCUCAAAGUGGCUGCUGCGUUACCUGCUCCAGGGAUCUCAGGAAGUGAGGUGGGCGGUAAGGGACCCCCUCAUGGAGGGCCUGACCAGUCCAGGUGACUUCCACAAAGCGCCAGGGCUUUCCAGCCUUUAGGCCACGAACACAACAUCCUAGAGACCAGAGAGCAGAAAACAGGCCAGCCUGUGUCCAUCCCAUGAACUGGCAGGGGAGGGGCCCCCCACAGAGGGCGUCCACCUGCCAGCUGGGCUUCCUUCUGACGGGGGAUGCCCGCUCAAUCCCCUCAGCUGCCUUCGAGACAGCAAACGCACAGCUGUGUCUAGACAAGUGGGUAUGAUAGGAUGCUGAGUUAACAUCCCACACAUCCCCACCCGGGAAGAGCAUCCCACACAGAUUCACCUAAGAGAGGGUGCACCCUCAACCCUACUGACC